AUGAUAGCGUAUAUGGCAUCGCUGGUGGCGCUGGUGAUGAAGUCGACAUACAACACACACGCACAUGCCAGUCUCUACUACGAGUACCACGAUCCCCCUCAAACCACACUUUGUAACCUGAAUAAGACCAAAUACCAUGUACCCGAUUGGUUAGCAGCGGUACACCCGUGGGACGACAACUCGGGCCCUGAUGGCAUUGUCAGCGGUCUCUGCCUCAGGCCAGCAGCAUUUCCCCGCAUCGGUCGCAAGCCAGAAAGCACGGGAAACCCCCUCACGCAGCGCUUACCGGGCCAGCUACACCCGGCCUAA